CAUGUUUUCUAUUCGUGAGGAAAGAGAGACAUCAAAAUUGCGAUAUAAUGAACCAACGAGCCCCAACUAGAAUGGUAUGAAAUAUUUUUCUUCGUAAAUGUAUAGAGAAGGAAGAAUGAUUUUAAGAGUGGUAAGAAAUGUUUAUUGGUGAACGAGCGUUAACAAAAAAGAAAAAAAAAAUAAAGAUGGACAGCCAAAGAUGCAAUCGUCAUAGAUCAAUCCAAUUUCAUUUAUGGUUUAGCCGAAAACCGUUGGUCCAUAAGCCGCAGCUGCGAAUUGAGCGAAAGGAGCAGCCAAAUUUCCGGCAUAAGUAGCUUGGAGGAGACCAGGUGCGGCAAUGAUUGGAGCUGGUGCCGCGGCUACGAUCGGUGCUGCUGGUGCCGCGGCUACGACCGGUGCUGCUGGUGCCGCGGCUACGACCGGUGCUGCUGGUCCCGCGGCUACGAGCGGUGCAGAUGCAAUUAAUGGUGCAGCGAUAUUUCUUGACGUGAUGUCGACUCUAGACGCGUACGGUGGAAUAUUGUAUGGUACGGCCUUGGCAUAGCCAAUAGCCGCAGGUGCUGGUGCGGCCACUACCGGUGCCGCAGGUGCGGCCACAAGUGGAGCCGCAGGCGCGGCCACAAGUGGAGCCGCAGGUACCACUCCUGCCAGGGCAACCUGCGCCACUGCGAGCACAGCCGCGAUUAUUACCUGAAAAUAACAUCCAAAUACGUGGAGACGAGAUGCGUAUCCAGCUGCAUUCAAGAUCCUGUAUCUCAAGGUUCAUGUAAAAAGAGGAAGAGUCAGAGAUUCAUUCUGGAGGGGUGUGCUUUGCGAUGGGUAUAAAAGCGCUUUCCGGUUCGAUCAAAGAUACAGAAUUCAAACUCUCUACUUCGAAUUCAAUCGUGAUAGAAAACUUCCUUCAAGAUGUACAAACUGUGUAUUCUUUUCGCCCUCUUGGUUGGCGUUUUCGGUGCACCUGCACCUGCACCUGCACCAGCACCAGGACUUUUGUCAACGCCGGUCUUGGCAGCCCUGCCAUCUCCAUUGUUGACCGCCACUAGCAGCCAAUUCAUCGCGAGAAAUUACAACAAUUUGGCAUUGGGACCUAUCACUUAUGCUUCCGCGCCUGUGGUUUAUCCUACUCAUGCAGUCGUAUCUAUUUAGUGUCUAAUGUCGCUCUUGCUUUAAUGCGAUUCUUCAUUGUGCUUAUGAAGUCACACAUAUAAUACAUAGGAAACUGCGUGAUAUCGCACACGGAAAAAUGCCCUUUCAUUUGUCAUCCGUUUUAUCUUUCAUUCAAUAAAUCAU